AUGCCAGGAUUUUCAGUGUCGCGUAAAUUGGACGAAAGCCAAACCAAUGACGCCGACAUUCAUUUUCUGCACAAAACCCGCUUCAUUAUUCUGAUUAUUUGCACGCUAUGCCUGUCGAUUGCUCAAGCCGACACGCUUACUCUCAACUUCACGAUCAUCUGCAUGUCGGGACCACAAAACUCGACGACAACAAUGCUUAACGACACCAGCUUUUUUGGGGAACUCGAAUCCGAAAUUGUUCGAGGACGGUAUGACUACACACCAAAUGAGAAGAACCUUCUGUUCUCGUUGGUUGCCGUCGGUGCAAUGGUGGCCGUAUACCCUAUCAUGUUUCUUAUACAGAAAUUUGGUUCCCGAAAGAUUGUAUUCCUCAUGGGAAUGUUGUCAGCUGUCACAACCGCUCUUAUUCCUUGGAUGGCCCAUCUCGGAUUCUAUCCACUUCUUAUCAUGAGAUUCUUGCAGGGAACUGGUCUUUCUACUGCAUUCACUCUUAUUGGAAUUGUAACUCGACAAUGGUCAAUGCAAGUUCAAAGCGCCUUCUACAUUGCAGUCCUCACGUGUUUCUUCCAGAUUGGGCCCAUUUUCACAAUGCCAAUUGCUGGAGCCCUGUGUACCUCCGAUCUUGGUUGGCCAGCAGUUUACUACGUUCACGCCGUGGUAACAUUUGGUCUUUUUAUUCUCUUCUACUUCUUCUAUCGCGAAAGCCCGACACGGCAUGCAUUCGUUUCUGAGAAAGAACUUGAAAUGAUUCAACGUGGCAAAGGCGAAAGCAAACGCGAGCCGGUGCCUGUCUUGGCGAUUGUUCGUGAUCCUGUCAUCAUUGCAAUCUGGAUCUCCGCCAUUGGAAACUUUAUGGGCAUUCAAGUCACCAUGCAAUUCUCGCCUACAUAUUUAAACAAAGUCAUGAACUUUCCCGUCGAGCAGACAGGAACAUUCAGCGCGAUUCCACAAAUUUGCACAUUCGUCUUGAAAUUGAUUGCUGGCUAUUCGGCAGACAAAAUGCUGUGCUGCACACCGGAAACCUCAACAAAGAUCUUCAACACUCUCGCGUUGGGAGGAAUGAGUCUCGCCUUCUUGGGACUCGCUUUAAUUCCAACAUCGAUGCCAAUAUUCGGGCUAAUUAUGCUCAUUAUUGCUUGCUCAAUUAUUGGAUUCAACUGCGGUGCAUUCUUCCGAGCAUCAGCACUCUAUGCUGCUCAGCACAAUCAUUUCAUAAUGGGCGUCAAUUCUUUCCUAAACUGUCUCUCGGCAUUGCUUGCUCCUGUUAUUGUUAACAUCUUUGUAAUUGACGACACUUGGGAUGAGUGGUGGUGGGUUUGGAUGGUUCACUUCGUUAUUCUGUUCGUCUUCAACAUCAUUUUUGUCAUAUUUGGCAAAGCUUCUCCAGCUGAAUGGACCAAACCAGGCUAUUCGAAAAACCGCAAUCGUGUCAGUGAUAUCGAAUCCGUCCCUAAGGCAACAACUUUCACUGAGCCAAAACCUGUAGAAAAUAAUUGA